UUCAUACCAUCUCCGCCUUUAGGAUUAACACUCUAACCCUUCUCAUCUCUAAUGCUCUGAGCCCUGUUCUUGGUUUUCGCAGCAAAGGCCAUGGCUGCAGCUCUUGAGUGCUGGUCGAGCAGGACCAGUACUGACGAAGACAUGGUAGAUCAGGUUCUAAUGAAGACUCAAGACAGAUCAGAGGUCUUACCGGCGGAUUCCCCAGCACCACCAGGCAAAGAAUCAUCUGUGGUCCAGAAGAAGUUGCAGAAGUUGAGCCGCAAUGUAGCCGAAGCAAUAACUACGGUUAAGAAUUCUUUGAAUCUCGACUCUGUUCGUGACCCACCAGCGACUACCAUUGAGAGUUCUCGGGAGCUUUUGUGGGGUGGUGUCAUGAGAAAUCUUACCCAGAUGUACCCUGGUAGUCAGCUUCCUGAGAAGCUCGUAUCCAACAUUCGGAAGCAUUUUGAUUCUUUACCCUUCAGAUAUGCUCAGUCGGGAUUUGACAUGAAAGAGGUCUUUCUUCACAUUAAAUUGAUAGAGCAGGCAGCGAUCGACGACUGCCCUGCGAUUUUGGUUCAAGAAUUAUCCGAUGAGGAUACCCAAGGAUCUGUUUUAAAGCUCACAUUCUCCUGUAACUCUUCGAUUUCGUGGCUCACCCUGUCUGAAGCACUAGAUAGUGUGGUCAUUUGCUGCAAGAAAAUCCAGAUCUUUGAGAAGAAGGGUUUUACUCUUGGGGUCAUUCUUGUUCUGGUUCAAUCUGGCCAAGAGAAACAAUUCAAGAUCAGGAUUCAGAGUGCCCUGAAAUCUGCCCUAAAGAAGUCUAAACCGGCCACCAUGAAGCUCCCAUUUGGUCUCUGCGGGUGCCAGGAGGAGAAUACCAGGGGCCGAGAAAUAGUUGAGACUGACGAUGAGAAAGAUGAACAGAGUUACGGGAAUGGAGCUGUGAACUCGAACCCUAAGUUCCAGCUCCCUAAUCCACUGCCUGAAUCUUCUUCCAUUGUCACUGUUGAUGAGUGGCAGACGAUCCGAUCGGGUGGGGACGAGAUUGGGAAAUGGCUCCUGAACUCUGAUCAGAUUGAGUUCAUUGAUCAGAUCGGACCUACUUCAUUUAAGGGUAUUUACAAGGGCAAACGAGUAUCGAUCGAGAAGCUCAAGGGGUGCGAGAAAGGUUGCUCAUACGAGUUCCAACUACGAAGAGAUCUCCUGGAGCUUAUGAUUUGCGGGCACAGAAAUAUAUUACAAUUCCACGGCGUCUGCAUUGAAGAAACUCACGGGUUGUGUGUGGUGACUAAGAUGAAGGAAGGGGGAUCAGUCAAUGAGAUUAUACAGAAGAAUAAGAAGCUUCAAACCAGGGAAAUUAUAAAGAUUGCCAUUGAUGUUGCAGAAGGGAUAAAGUUCAUGAACGAUCAUGGGGUCACAUACCGAGACCUCAAUACGCAGAAGAUCCUGUUGGAUAGACAGGGCCAUGCUUGUUUAGGGGACAUGGGCAUCGUCACUGCUUGCAAGGGCAUUGGAGAGGUGAUGGAGUAUGAAACUGACGGUUACCGGUGGCUAGCUCCUGAGAUCAUCGCUGGGGACCCUGAGAGUGUGACAGAGACAUGGAUGAGCAAUGUUUAUAGUUUUGGUAUGGUGGUGUGGGAGAUGGUGACAGGGGAGGCAGCGUAUGCAGCUUAUUCGCCGGUGCAGGCAGCAGUAGGGAUUGCUGCGUGUGGGCUGAGACCGGAGAUCCCCAAAGAUUGCCCACAGGUGCUGCGAUCACUGAUGAUGAAAUGCUGGAACGAUUGCCCCUCAAAAAGGCCUCAAUUAUCUGAAAUCCUGGCGAUAUUGAUGCGGCCCAACUAUGUGGAUGGCUCGAAGCUAAUCCAUGAUUGAAAUAACAAAAAGGAAAAAGAAGGAAUGACCUUCUUGCCAAUCCAGUCACCAUGCCCAAGUGGCCAUGCUAGAAGUCAAUAUGGAUCAAUAUUC